AUGGUCAUAACAGAUGGCGACGCCAAGGCCGCCGCUCCAAAGCGGCCGGCUGCUGCAGCUACCAGCAAGCCUGCUUCUGGGAACAGCGCCGCGCCAAGGGCUGCAGCCAGCCCCUCCCGAUUGCGCGCAGGCGCUGCAUCCAAACCUGCCAUCACCAGCAAGCCGGCCGCAGGAAAGGCCCCCUCUUCCACCAAGCCAGCAGCAACGGGUACCAGCAAGUCCGGAUCCGCCGGCAGCAAGGCUACCGGCACCGCCAAGAGCGGCGCUGGUGGUGGUGGCGGUGGUGGUGGUGCUAAGGGGGGAGCUUCCAAGGGCGGAGUUAAGGGGACUGCAUCCCAGGCGCGGAGCCCGGCAGGGCCGGUGGCUGAGCAGGUGGCGGGACCGGACCCGGAGGUUGAGGCGGCUAGGAAAGCCGAGCUCGAGGCCAAGGCGGCUGCGGAGAUGGAGGCGCUCCGGCGGGCGGCCUGGCAGGCGCAGGUGGAGUACGAGCGCAAGCAGGAGGCUAAGAGGCGGCAGCAGAGAGAGGAGGAGGCCAAGAGGAAAAAGGAGGAAGCCGCCCUGCGCAAAGCGCUGCUGGAGGCCGCCUACGACGGUGAUGACGCCCAGCUGCGCGUGGGUCUGUCCCGGGCUCGCGACGAGGGUUACCUGCGGCCCGAGCCCGUGGAGGCCGCUGACGGGCACGGGAACACCCUGCUGAGUGAGGCGGCGGCGGGGGGGGCACUGAGCACCGUGCAGAUGCUGCUGCAGCUUGGAGCCGACCCGAACACCCGGGGGGAGUUUCUGCGCAGUCCGCUGUGGCGAGCUGCCUUCCUAGGCCAGGAGGAGGUGGUGCCGGUGCUGCUGCAGGGAGGGGCAGACCCGAGGAUAGGUAACGAGGGGGGGGAGUUACCCGAGCACGUGGCUCCUCCGGCCAUCAAGGAGGUCCUUCGGGCUUGGGAUGUGGCCAAGACGGAUCAGCUCAUACAGCAGUUCGAGGCACGACGUCUGGAGCGAGCUGCCGCCGUACAGGCCGAGCGAGCCCAGGCUGUUCGUGGAUGCGAGGAGUCCCUGGCAGCGGCGGAGGAGGCGCACAGCCGGGCUCAGCAGCUGCUGAGACACGCAAGAAUGGAGCUGGAGAAGCGGAUCCACGAGUACGACACUUGUGUUGAGGAGAAGAAGCCCGAGGGCCUUACAGGGGUGGCGCUAGACCAGAUCCAUUCGGCGGAGAAGGUUGUGGAGGACGCUCGGAAACGCGCCACGGAGGCCGCGGAGGCGCUGGAUACCGCUCGGUUGCGGCUGCAUCGUGAGCAGCAGCAGCAGCUGGCGGAGGGUGGCGAGGAGGCGGAGGCGCUGCCAGGGGUGCCUGUUGCCGUACGGGCCCUCAACGAUGUGCUCAUUCGCGAUGUGGGCGGGCUCAUUGCGGCCAGCGGCAAGUGGCCCCUGGUGAUUGACACCUCGGGGCAGGCCAGUGUGUUCCUCAGAUACCAGGACACCAACUACGUCAACGCGCUCAACAGCCGCCACAUGGAACCCCACAUGCUCAGGCGCGCCCUGCUGGGGGCAAUACGGUACGGCAAAGCCAUGGUGCUGGACCUGCAGGACUGCGACCUUUGGCCGGAGAUGCCGAGAAUGUUUGACCAGGUGCUUGUCCAUCCCGGUUUGUUGGCCUCGGUGUUGGAUCGGUCGCUACUCAAGGAGGAGCGAUACACCGCACUCAUACGUGCGGAGGACGGAGAGGAGUACGACAAGAACAAAUUCCAGGAGUCGCGGAUUAGGGCCUUUGGCUUCAUCGUGCUCACUUCCUCCCGGCAGCCCAACCCCCAACUCGUGGAGCGAAUGUACUGUCUGAGGGUCAUGAUUACCGAAUAG